GUUUUAUAGUAAAAAGACAUGAGAGGUUCAAGAACAGCAUCUUCAGACAUGAGUGCUUGGUGUUCUGCUGUUGUGUUGUUGUCUUUGAUACUUUUGUUAUCUGUUCGUGAGAACAACGCUUCUAGCUCGAUCAGAGGGUCUCAAUUCUCAGAGAAACCUUGUGAGGAGAUUUACGUUGUAGGAGAAGGUGAAACGCUUCAUACCAUAGGUGACAAAUGUGGCGACCCGUUUAUUGUUGAGCGAAACCCGCAUAUUCAUGACCCGGAUGAUGUCUUCCCGGGUCUUGUUCUAAGGAUAGCACCUUUUUACUUCUCAAGAAAAGUGUAA